UUUUGAACUCGAGUAUUUCAUUAUUGAUUUAGGCUGUUUGGAAUUUUAUAUCUUUUAAAAUACAUUUAAAUUGAACUGAAGUUUCUUAAACUUUCAAUAGGUGUCGUUUGUAUAAAAUGUCAUUGUAAUAUUCAUCAAUUUGAUACAUAAUUCGUGAUUAUGGAAUAACUAUGCAAACCUAUUGAAGCGAAACAAAAAAAUAAAAGUUAUAAUUGACUAUAAGACAAUUUAAUCAGAUACAAUUAUAUUUAAGUAAUUUAAUAUGUUACCACGAACAUAUUUAACUGAGCAAGAUAUAAGGAAAAGACAAAUUGACACGUUAAAAAUUUUCAACGAUAAUGUAACCGAAAUAAACGAAAACUCCGAGUAUAAAGUGGAAUUCGAAGCUAGCGGACGCAGUUUUAGUCUGAAUGUAGUUCUAAACCCUGAAUUUCCUAAUGAAAGACCAAAUAUAUUUAUAAAUCCUGUGAUACCACAUCCGUGGCUACUGGAAAACUCAAACCAAGUAGUGGGCGCUCCAGGCUUGAUGAACUACACCCCACAUUCAGACUUAGGUCGUGUAGUUCAAGCUAUUAUCCGUGAAUUCCAAAGAUCAGUACCAAUUAUAAGCCAUGAAGAUAAAUCAACGGACACAAGUCCCCAAUCAAGUUACAGCUCACAAUCGUUGAUGUUUCCGGAAUUAAGUGAAUUGACAGUUGAGGAAUUGCAAGAGAUUAUGGAGAAUCCAGAUUUACAGGAUAAAUUACUAGAAACAAAUCCACAAUUAUUGGAACUCGAUUUGGAAACGGAGGAGCUUAUGACAAGCAUUGAACUCAUAGCACAAGAGAAUAUAAUGAAGCAACAAGUCUUAGAUGAUCUUAAAACAGACGUCCUCGACCGUAUAUCGACCAUUGUGCAAAUGAAAAUGAGUUUUGAGGAACUGAAUCGGAAACAUCAAAAGUUAUCUGAAAUGUACGAUCCGCACAGGAUCAGAGACUGCUUAAAGGAUGGAGCCUGUAAAGCAGACGAAGAUGCCGAAGUGAUUGCUGAACAGUUUUUACUAGGUAACAUUCCAGUCGAGACAUUCAUAGCUAAAUUUGCUGAAAAAAGAGCACUGGGACAAGCAAGGCGAGCGAGAGAGGAGAGGCUGGCUCAUCAGCUAGCUCAAUUGGACAAAGCUACGACGUAAAACUAUUUCUAAAAUAAUCAUACACUUACAUUGAUAUAUACCAUUUAUUUAUAGUCGGUGUGUUAGCUGCAUGGAAUGGAACGAAAGGGAAAUAUUUUGUUGGUAGGAAGUUCCCGUUCACUAUUCGAGUGGUGAAUGAUACAAACAAUCGGUCUUUAUUGUGUGCAAUAUCAAAUAAAAUUAGUUUGUAAUUAAUAUUUAUGACUUAUCAUUGAUUAACCUUCAAUGGUAAACAAACUUAGUAAUUAUACGAUUAAAUUUUUUUAUUGAUUUAAUACAAAGGUUGAAUAAGCAAGACUAUGAAUAAUUACAAACACAAGCGCCCGUUGAUGAUGUAUAGAAUAACUAAUACUUAUUACAAUGAGCGACAAUGGCUACGGUACACAGACUAGUAAUGCGGUAAGUUUGAUUUAUACAAAUUGGAUUAUUAGCGUUGGAUACAUUUUUAUUACACUUAUUGUUAGAGAAUUAUAUUAGAAUUGUAUUGGAAACAGGAAUAGCCAGUAUUAUCAAUAAAAAAAUAUUAUAACCUUAGUACAAUUAUUUCGCCCUUUGUUUUAUUAUUUAAAAUAAAAAAAAAAAAACGUGAAAAAUCCUCUGUGUGUAUAAUAUUAAUGUUGUUGUAUAACGUAUCUGAGAAUUAGUAUAUUCACAGCACGUAGGGUAUCUAUAGGCUGUUGUAAAGGCAGAAGAUUUAAAGAUAGAUAAAUAACUUAGACUGAAUUGUCGUGACGCUAUUUGUUGAGAUCUGAAAUAAUCUGUGGUUUUCGGCUUUCGCUAUUGAUUUGAAAAAAAGUCGUUUUGAACUUCGGCGAUGUUGUCAUCUAAAAUAUUAGAAGUAAAAUUAAAGUGGAUAUAAGUAAAUAUGAUAUAAUCAAGAACUAUUUGGUGUGCAAAUCGCAUGGACAAUGUAAAAUAAAGUAAAGUUUGUUUAUUUUAUUCCUUCUUCGAUCGAACUACGCUAAAAAUAACAUGAUAUUAUGAUAUAUUUAUAAGAGUAAAAAUUAGCAAUAAAAAUAGUCGUGAUUAUUAAAUACGUGAAUAUAAAUUUAGUUAAAUUUUAAAAUAUAUAUUUAUCUAAAUUUUUUAUUAAAUUUCUAUACGCUUAUUUCAUUGUCGAGACUCGGUACUGUUAACGAAUGAUAAUCUACCAAAUUUUAUUUUUUGAAUAAUUAUGUUUCAUAGUGCUCAUCAAUACCCGCGUAUUUA